UUAUUAAGGUUUUGCGAGGCGAGUCUGACGAAGCUUUGCAACUUGUACGUCUUAUUUUGGUUUUGUGCUCAGUUGUGUGCCUGUGUGGACCUUUGGAGCCCUAAUUCUUUGAGGUGUACUUAAGAUGAUAAGAAUAGCUUUGGAAAUAGUGAAGUUAAUUUGAGAGAAAAUGGAAUUGGACAGACUGACGUGGUUAUUUAGCGCAAUUACUAUUUACACAUUUUUAAGCGCUAGCUUCUGUGCAGCAAGGGAAACAGUUUCAGCAAGAGAUCCACCAUGUUACUUCAAUCCUUUGUGUAGCUGUUCAAAGGCUGUUCCAGAUCUUGGCAUUGUGAGAUGUCGAGAUACGUCUCUAUCUAUGGUACCUCAAGCAAUUAAUGCCUCAAAGGUAUUCAUGUUGCAGUUGGACAAUGUCGGUUUAAGAAGGCUUGAACCGUAUUUUGUUCAAAGCACAGGAUUAUACAAACUUUCGAUUACACACAAUCCACUGCCUACAAUUCAUGACGAUGCUUUCGUUGGAUUAGAGAGAACACUGUGGAAACUUGACUUGAGUCACAACGAUUUAUUGCACGUACCGAGUAGGGCAAUUCGGUACCUACACAAGCUUAAAUUACUUGAUCUAACCAAUAAUGAUAUUACCCGCAUCUAUCCAGACAGUUGGAAAGGUUUGGAACAUUCUAUGGAGACAUUGAUAUUGGCGGAAAACUCCAUUGCGUACUUAGCUCCAGAUGCGUUUACAGGAUUACCAUAUUUGGACAAAAUUGAUCUACAUGGUAAUAAUUUGAGAGACAUCGAUCCUUCGGUAUUUCGAGAAGGCAUGAAUAAACUUGCCCACGUAAUCCUUGCGGAUAACCUACUCAGCUCUAUACCAUAUUUAGCUUUGUCUCCAUUGACGAUGCUUAAAACGUUGGAUUUAAGCUAUAAUAGAAUUACUAGAAUGUUUCCAACGAUGGAAUCGGGUGCUAUUACUAUUCAAAUUGAUGUUAGAAUGUCACUAGACGAGCUUAACUUGGCCUACAACCAGUUAAGUGUACUGGAAUCUAGUUCGUUUCAGUAUUUCAACAGUAUUAAUGUGACGUAUUUGGAUGGAAAUCCCCUUUCGACAAUUGAGGAUGAUGCCUUUCGACAAGCAAAAAUUAAGGAACUGUACAUUCGAGCUUGUGGUUUAAGUGUGAUAACUCCAACAGCAUUUAGCGGUUUGGAAGGUUCUUUACAAGUAUUAGACUUAUCUGGAAAUAAUCUAACAUUUCUUCACAAUGACUUUCUCGACAAUUUUUUCAUGUUGCAAUCAUUUUCUAUGGGAGAUAACUUGUUAACUUCGUUUGAAUCGAAUGAAAUACCAAACGGGUGGCAAAACAACUUGAUUAGUUUAGAUUUGAGUGGCAUGAAUAACUACAUCAUCUCUCUGCAGAAAUUAAAACAGUUCAAAAGUUUGAGAAAAGCGUAUUUGAGUCGUCUUCGUCAAACAUCUUUGACAACGGAGGAUUUUGCGGAGUUUGGUGCCAACUUAGAAGAGCUGCAUAUAAAUUUUGCCGAGCUUAAAUCGAUAAAGAAUCACGCAUUUAAAAAUGUUCACAGUUUAAAGGUGUUAGAUUUGGCAGAAAAUAGAAUUGAACAAAUUGAGAAUGACGCUUUUGUAAAUCUUGGACACUCUUUGACAAUUCUUCAACUGUCGCAUGCUUUUUCAUCAAAAAUGGGUACAUUACCUCCGGAACCUAUAAAACUUCUAUGGAAUUUACGGCACUUAGAUUGUAGUAAUAACAAAAUUAGAAAUGUGCCAGACAGUACCUUUAGUUUGCUUAAAAAGUUAAAAAUUGUGGAACUUCAAGACAACGAAAUCGAUGCGAUACAUCCGGAAACCUUCCAGGGCGAUGUACAUUCGAAAUUGGAAAUAGUCUACCUAUCUUUUAACAAAAUCACAUCAAUUCAAGAAAAUACCUUUUCCGCCCUGGAAAUGUUGGAACAAUUGUAUCUGGACGAUAACAAAAUAAUGAAUUUAGAUCGACGUGCAUUUAAAGAUUUGGAAAAUUUGAAAAGGUUACACUUAAAAGGGAACAGAAUAACACAGUUAACACAGGCCACGUUUGAAAAUCUUCCCGAAUUAGAAGACUUGGAUUUAUCCUACAACGCUUUGAACGAUUUUCAGUUUUCUGUCUUGGAUCAAGUUGGAACAUUGGCAACUUUCCGUGUGAAUGUUAGUCAUAAUAGGAUAUCAGACCUGAGUCCGGCCGUUAAUUAUGAUAUACUAUCAGAAGGUGGUAAGUUUUGUUUUGAAACAUUUCAUUCAAAUAUUAAAAUACUAGACUUCUCUUACAAUAAUAUUUCCCAAAUAAGUAAACACUAUUUUGACCCAGUGGAAAUUUCAUUAACGCACUUGUACUUCAGUCACAAUCUCAUUUUAAAUAUAAGCCGGGAAAUAUUCGGGAACAUGCCGCAUUUGCAAUGCAUCGAUUUAUCAUUUAACAAAUUGUUGGAAUUCGAAUACGAUACCUUCAAAAAUACCAGAAAUUUACAGGUUAUUACAUUAUCAAAUAAUUACAUCGCCGAAGUUCCAAAAGAUUUAUUCCGCUCAUUAUAUCACUUAAGGGUAGUUGACUUGUCACACAAUAGAUUAAGGUUUGUCCCCGACAAUUUAUUUAAAGAGGAAGGCUUGGAACGUCUAGAUUUGUCAAAUAAUCAAUUAAGCAUGUUGCCACUUACAAGUUUAUCUACAGCAGCAGCAUCAACCCUUUGUGAAUUGGAUUUGUCAUUUAAUGGAAUUUCUUCGUUAACUAGCGGAGAUAUGCUGUCUAAAUUCGAGAGACUUUCAUUUCUGGAUUUAUCUUACAAUAAGUUAGUGCAAGUAGAUGACGGAGUAUUCGGAAUUUUACAUAAAAUCUUGUAUUUGGAUUUGAGUCACAACUCGCAGUUAUCUAUAGAUAACAAUGGUAAGAGUUUUCAGGGGAUCGAGGAUACCCUACUGUAUUUAAAAUUGGAUAAUCUAUCGCUUAUGUCGGUACCAGAGUUAUACCUACCGAAUUUGGUGUAUUUGUCUUUGUCUAAGAACGCAUUGUCAUCGAUACCGACAGAAAUGGCUGGGAAUUUAACGUCCCUCCGAGAUUUGAAUCUUGCUGAUAACAAUUUAACGAUAGUACCUGUCGCAAUUUACUCUUCAACGGAUUUGGAACGACUUUCACUAUCUGGAAACCCAAUAAGUGUGUUAAGUAACACAAGUUUCCUAGGGGUCGCCAACCAUUUGGAGGAGUUAGAUAUUACCGAUUUGCCAUUACACACAUUUGAGGUGGGCACGUUAAGCAAGUUACACUUUUUGAGAACAUUGAAAAUUGGUGCAUAUAACGCGAAGUACUUCAAUAUACCUCGUGUUUUGGAAAGCAACUAUGCUUUGCGCAACCUAGAAAUAGAGGUGAACAGGGAGACCAAUUUAAAAUCCGAAAUGUCGGGACAACUGCCGUUAAAGUUGCGAAGCGUGACAAUUUCGGGAAAAUCGUUGAAGAACCUAGACGCCGAUGUUCUGGACGGUGUGAGAUAUCCGCAAUUUCAGUUUACAGUGCACGACACCGGAUUGCUAACGGUCCCCAAAAAUUUGUUCGACGACUUGUACUUCAUAAGAAAUUUAAGUUUAAGCAUCAAAGGAAACAAUAACCUUCAAUACUUUGGAAAUCCUCUCACCGCAGCCAAACCUGGAAUCAGACAAAGAAUAUUUCUUUUGGACGUUUCGAUGGAAGGAAACAAAUGGAGCUGCGAUUGUGGAUUGAGUUGGGUUGAAGCAUGGCAAAGGAAGAGGCGGCAGUACAUUUGUGAUGAUUAUAAUGAACUCCCAUCUCCGGCAUCGCAUUUAUAUAAUUGUAGGCACAUUGAAGAUGACAUUAGGAAUUCAAAUUGUGCAAACAAGGCCAAUAAAAGCCUGAUCGAAGUACUUAAAACUGAUAUUGAAUGUGAAUGGGGUGCCGCUUCUUCAUUACAUUGUUUAACAGUUACAUACACAUUAGUAAUCGCUGGUUUGUUAUAUCGUGUGUUUUAAAUAAAAAAAAGAGAUUUGUCAAAUCAAACUCAAUAGUCUGUUUCUUCCAUUGUUGCAUGAACCUGAACAAUGAACAUACUUUAAAGUAGAGGCGGUACAAUAACAUAAUGGAAGAAGACUAUCGAACUAUUUGCAGUCUUAUUUAGUUUAAUAACAUUCUUUUCAGCAUAUCAUCCAUUCUUUUCCCUAAAUUGCGUAAAAGAUAGGUUAUAAUUAAGUGAAAGUGUAGAUUUGUAUACAUAAAUUAUCGCAGUAUAUAUUAUGAUGUGAAUAUCAAAAUUAAAUAUUUGGAAUUUGA